CCCCUGGGAAAUGGUCGUUCGACCCCCAAAGGGGUCGCGACCCCCAGGUUGAGAACCGCUGCCUUAUAUUGUAAAGCGCUGAGCAAUCUGUUGGCACACUAUAAAUCCUGUAUAAUAAUAUGGUAUUACAGUAAUCUGCUGACUGUACUUCAGAUACUUUCAUUUCUCUCCCACAGUUGGGGUGUUCCGCUGGUGAUAACCGUCACUGCAGUAUGCCUACAGAAGAUUGGAUAUGACGCAUCCUAUGUUUCAGUGGGUUGGUGCUGGAUCAGUAUAGAUGCGGAAGACAAGCUCACCUGGAUGCUGCUGGCUGGAAAAGUGUGGGAGAUCCUGGCUUACCUGGUCUUGCCCAUUCUCUACAUCCGUAUAAAGAAGCAUAUUGGCAGAGCGCAUGAGGCUUUAUCCGAAUAUCGUCCAAUCCUGUCCACUGCUCCUGUUCAGCCCAGAACUAUAGCUGACAAAAAGCUGAUCUUCAUCCCAGUUAUCUUUAUCUUUCUCCGUAUCUGGAGCACCAUCCGCUUCAUCCUGACUCUUUGUGAGUCUCCAGCAGUGCACAACCCCAUCCUCCUUGUACUACACGGUAUUGGAAAUAGCUUCCAGGGUGGCGCAAACUGCAUUAUGUUCGUCUUAUGUACACGUGUCAUCAGAACCCGUCUGCUGAAAUCACUCUGUUGGUGUUGCUACGGAUCGUCCAGCCCUGGUGACAUCAGGGAGAGUGCUGUGUCUGAGGGAUAUCCAUCAGGCUAUGGUACCACAUCAGGAUUUCUCGACAGCCAGAAUUGGUCACCACAUCAGCCUAGUACUUGA